UGAUUGUUGGAUUCUAGAGGAAGGGGCUCCGUUACAUUGGAGAGCUGGAGUGGUCUGGAGUUCCACGGUGUGGUGAGUCAGAGGUCACCUCUCCUGCGGCUUCUCAGUGUCUCGCCGGCGAGGUUCGGCCCGAGUUGGAUAGACAUAGCCCUUGGCCGAUUUAAACAACCUAAUAAGCAAUACAGCUGCCUCAAAUCUUUGGGAAUUUCAGAAUGACUGACACCGCCGAAGCUGUUCCAAAUUUUGAAGAGAUGUUUGCUAGUAGAUUCACAGAAAAUGACAAGGAGUAUCAGGAAUACCUGAAACGCCCUCCUGAGUCUCCUCCAAUUGUGGAGGAAUGGAAUAGCAGAGCUGGUGGGAACCAAAGAAACAGAGGCAAUCGGUUGCAAGACAACAGACAGUUCAGAGGCAGGGACAACAGAUGGGGGUGGCCAAGUGACAAUCGAUCCAAUCAGUGGCAUGGACGAUCCUGGGGUAACAAUUACCCGCAACACAGACAAGAACCUUACUAUCCCCAGCAAUAUGGACAUUAUGGUUACAACCAGCGGCCUCCUUACGGUUACUACUGAUAGAAAUGUUGGCAGCUUUUAGUAAAAGCAUUUACUCUGUUACCAUGACAAAAGUUUGGGUGUCUUCUGUUGGUCAUAGUUUUAUAUCUGAUUUUAGAGAAUGGAUUAUUGAUUUUGUGGAAGUUGAGACUUUAAAAAAAAAUAGAUCUUACUUGCGAGAUGCGAUGGUUGCUGGGAAUACCUGAAAUUGUGGAUUAUAUUGCUUGACUUCUACCUCAGAAUCUUCUUUGUUUCAUGACUUAAUAGUGCUAUGAGUUUGGUAUAUUAUUUGACCUCUAGGAGUUCUUUGUUUUACACAGAAAUAAAAAUUUUUAAAUAGAAAAUGCUUACUUUUACUUUGUAAGGUAAGAGAGUAUCCAUAUGCUUAGAUGUGUUCGUUUCUAAAAUUCUAGAGGUUGAUAUAAUCAGCUCAUGAAUGCACAGCUAUGCUUCUUGUGAUAGAUUGUACAUAACAUCAGCAGUUGAAAGGUAAAACAAUCGCUUUUUUUUUGCUUUUGCUUUUGUAAAGUACUAUGGUACUUUGUGAUUCCUUACUCUAUAGAUGAGUCAGCAUCACAUUUAUUUGGGUUUCUUUUUAGAGGAAAAUCAGUAAUAAAGCUGUAAAAUAAAGAAGGAA